AUGGAUAUUAUUUUAGGUAUAAGAGUACAGGAUUCUGUCAUUUUAGCAUCUUCUAAAGCGGUAACUAGGGGUAUUUCUAUAUUGAAGGAUACAGAUGAUAAGACAAGACAACUUUCACCACAUAAUUUGAUGAGUUUUGCCGGUGAAGCUGGUGACACUGUCCAAUUUGCAGAAUACAUUCAAGCCAAUAUGCAACUCUAUGCAAUUAGAGAGAAUUUCGAACUUUCGCCAAAUGCAGUUUCAAGCUUUGUGAGAAAUGAGCUAGCAAAAUCAAUCAGAUCAAGAAAACCAUAUCAAGUUAAUGUGUUGAUUGGUGGUUACGACAUUAAAAAUAAUAAGCCUGAAUUAUAUCAAAUUGACUAUCUAGGAACGAAAGUCGAAUUACCCUACGCUGCACAUGGUUAUUCUGGUUUUUACACUUUUUCUCUAUUAGAUCGUCAUUAUAGACCAGAUAUGUCACUAGAAGAUGGAUUAAAAUUGUUAAAACUUUGUAUUGCUGAAUUAGAUAAGAGAAUGCCCGUAGAUUUCAAGGGAGUAAUAGUAAAAGUUGUGGAUAAGGAUGGUAUAAGAAUCCUAGAUGACUUUUGA